GCGAGAGGCACAGAGAAGAGCAGCGUCCAGCUCUCUAGAGCGAGAGGCGGCGGGCUCUGGCUGGCCCACACUCCACCGCGGCACCCCACAGCCUCUGCGCCCCGCCGCCUGCAGCGGCUGCUACUAAAAGCUUUGCUUGGCUCUUUCGUCUCCUGGGCGCUUGGGUCGUGCCGGCCGGCUGCUGCCUAGAGUCACCUCCAGCUCCCCCUGGUUGGGGGAGGAGGGGAAGCUCCAGGGGCUGUACCGCCUGCCUCCUCCUGGUGCUUCGGUUGGGGCUUUGCAGACCGGACUGAGCGGCCCCUGAUUGGGAGGGCAGCGGAAAGAGAGAGGGAAAGACUGGCAGCGGCCACUCGUCCCGUCCCAGGAGGAGCUGCAUGCAGCAGGUCUAGGGGAAGUGGAAGCAGCACCGGCAUGUUUCUGGAGUGCACCUGGAGACUAUACUGUCUAUAAAGCUUGCUGAAGAUAGACAUAUGUGCUGCAAUGGUGACAUAAAUUAUUAAGCAGGACUGGAUCAAGUUCUUGAAAAGUUGUUUUUUUUUAAUGCUGCUGCUGUUGGAAGCAAUCUAAGGCAAGUAUACAACAUGAGUUUUAUCAUGAAACUUCACAGACAUUUUCAAAGAACAGUUAUCUUGCUUGCCACUUUUUGUAUGGUGAGCAUUGUUAUUUCUGCCUACUAUUUGUAUAAUGGCUACAAACAGGAAAAUGAACUUUCUGAGAUCUCUUCAGAAUUGGAAUGUGGUGAUCUUCAGCUGUUGCCAUACAAGUUAGUGGAGCUGAAGACAGUGAAGCCCAUUGAUCCCAUGAGGACUGAUCCCGUAGUGCUGGUGUUUGUGGAAAGCCAGUACUCAACACUCGGUCAAGAUAUAAUAACAAUUCUAGAAUCCAGCAGAUUUCAGUAUCACAUAGAGAUUGCUCCUGGGAAGGGUGAUCUUCCAGUGCUUAUAGACAAAAAUAAAGGCAAAUAUGUUCUCAUUGUAUAUGAAAAUAUUUUAAAGUAUUUGAAUAUGGACUCAUGGAACAAAGGCCUUCUAGAUAAAUACUGUAUUGAAUAUGGUGUGGGUGUCAUUGGAUUCCAUAAAGGCAGCGAGAACAGCUUGCAGAGCAUUCAGUUUAAGGGCUUUCCUUUCCAUGUUCAUGGCAAUCUGGGUGUUAAGGACUGUUGUGUUAACCCUCAUUCCCCAUUGCUUCAUGUAACUAAAUCCUCUAAGCUUGAUAAAGGUCCCUUGCCUGGAAAUGACUGGACUGUUUUCCAGAUUAAUCAUUCCACCUAUCAGCCAGUGAUAUUUGCAAAAAUAAAGACUACAGAAAACCUCCCACUACCCAUCACUAAAAAUGCUCUCCAUGCCACAGUAGUUCAUGACCUGGGGCUUCAUGAUGGGAUUCAGAGAGUCCUCUUCGGCAACAACUUGAACUUUUGGCUGCACAAGCUGAUCUUUAUAGAUGCCGUCUCUUUCCUGUCUGGGAAAAAGCUCACAUUGUCCUUGGAUAGGUACAUUCUUGUUGACAUAGAUGACAUCUUUGUUGGGAAGGAAGGAACAAGGAUGAAUGUCAAUGAUGUGCAGGCCCUGCUUGAUACGCAGAAUCUUUUGAGAGCUCAGAUUACAAAUUUUACUUUCAACCUGGGAUUUUCAGGGAAAUUUUACCACACAGGAACUGAAGAGGAGGAUGAAGGUGAUGACCUGUUGUUGGGGUCUGUGGAUGAGUUCUGGUGGUUUCCCCAUAUGUGGAGUCACAUGCAGCCUCAUCUCUUCCAUAAUGAAUCAUCACUGGUAGAGCAGAUGAUUCUCAACAAAAAAUUUGCCUUAGAACAUGGCAUUCCAACUGACAUGGGCUAUGCGGUAGCUCCGCACCACUCCGGGGUUUACCCUGUACAUGUUCAGCUUUAUGAGGCCUGGAAAAAGGUCUGGAAUAUCAAAAUCACCAGCACAGAAGAGUAUCCACAUCUAAAACCUGCACGGUACAGACGGGGGUUCAUCCACAAAAAUAUCAUGGUCCUUCCUAGGCAAACCUGUGGUCUAUUCACUCAUACAAUUUUCUAUAAGGAGUAUCCUGGGGGUCCAAAAGAACUAGACAAGAGUAUCCAGGGAGGGGAGUUGUUUUUCACAGUUGUUCUCAAUCCAAUCAGCAUCUUCAUGACCCAUUUGUCCAACUAUGGGAAUGAUCGCCUGGGGUUGUAUACCUUUGUGAAUCUCGCCAACUUUGUUCAGAGCUGGACCAACCUGAAACUGCAAACUCUGCCUCCAGUCCAGCUGGCUCGCAAGUACUUUGAGCUCUUUCCUGAACAGAAGGACCCUCUCUGGCAGAAUCCCUGUGAUGACAAGCGGCACAGAGAUAUCUGGUCUAAAGAAAAAACCUGUGAUCGAUUACCAAAAUUCCUGGUUAUAGGACCCCAGAAAACUGGUACCACAGCAUUGUAUUUGUUCCUGAUUAUGCAUCCUUCCAUCAUUAGUAACUCCCCCAGCCCAAAAACCUUUGAGGAGGUACAGUUCUUUAAUAGAAAUAACUACCACAGGGGGAUUGAUUGGUAUAUGGAUUUCUUCCCUGUACCAUCCAAUGUCAGCACUGACUUUCUCUUUGAAAAAAGUGCCAACUACUUCCAUUCUGAGGAAGCUCCCAAACGAGCAGCUUCCCUGAUCCCUAAGGCCAAGAUCAUCACCAUUCUCAUCGACCCAUCAGAUCGGGCAUACUCCUGGUAUCAGCAUCAGCGAUCUCAUGAAGACCCUGCAGCUCUAAAAUUUAGCUUCUAUCAGGUGAUCACAGCUGGACCUCGAGCCCCAUCAGACCUUAGAGCUCUACAGAAGAGAUGUCUAGUACCUGGAUGGUAUGCCACCCAUAUAGAAAGAUGGCUAACUUAUUUUCCAACUUAUCAGUUGCUAAUUAUUGAUGGACAGCAGCUGAGAAGUGACCCAGCUACCGUGAUGGAUGAAGUGCAGAAGUUUCUGGGAGUUUCUCCUCAUUAUAAUUACUCUGAAGCCCUAACGUUCGAUUCACAUAAAGGUUUCUGGUGUCAACUCCUGGAAGAAGGAAAAACCAAGUGUCUUGGAAAGAGCAAAGGCAGAAAAUACCCUCCUAUGGAUUCAGAGUGUAGGGCUUUUCUGUCAAGCUACUACAGAGAUCACAAUGUGGAACUGUCAAAACUCCUGCACAAAUUGGGACAACCCCUGCCAUCAUGGCUGAGACAGGAACUACAGAAAGUGAGAUAGCAUUGAGAGGAAGCUUCUUGAAAUCUCUCUUCCACACUUCAGUCAUCUUACCUAAAGCCUUCAAUAGCUACCAGAAGGCAGGUGUAAAAUAUACCUCUUCAAAAGAGAAUAAAAGAAUGAAGUUAUUUCCAUAUGCUGGCAUGUGGAUGGUGAAAAUGUUUGUGUCUCUUAGAACUCUGGAGGCUUGCAGGCUUUCUCUUUGCCAUUUCUGGGCCUGUGGGAUUGUUGUAAACUACUGUGCGCACAUGUGGAAGUCAAUAGCAACUGGUAUAAGCUUUAAAAGCAAAGCUACACAACUGUCCAAUUUCAUAGUAAAUAUUUACACUUUUAUAUUCGAACUUAGGAGUGUUGUGUCUCAUGUAGGUUUUGUAGCCAUUGUUUGCCUGCCCAUGGUUUUUCAUACUUUUUGAUUAUUAUGAUGUGUCUUAUACAAAACAAAAAACAAAACUAAGAAAACCCUGUAUAACAUACAAUGGCCAAAUCUACUCCUGCCUUCGGAAUCUGCUUACCAAAUUUUGAACUUAAAAUAAAUGAACACAGUUGAGGAGUACAAACAUGUUGCAUAGGUGUAAACAACAGGAGAGAAUUGGUAUUGUGAGCCAAAUCCUGAAGCCACAGGUUAAAACACUGUAGCAAGAAAUGAUGUAAGAAAUAUGGCCCUGCUCUGUGAGGAGGAAACCAUAGUGUGCUGUGGAUCCCUGUCAAGUUCAGAAUCUAUGCUUUUAAAUACUGCACCUCCAUACAGUCUGCUGAAACAGCAACACAAAGGAAUAUAGACUAUUCUGAACAGAGACUACUAUAUGUUUAAGAAGAAAUCUAAUUAGAUAUAUGAAGCACAACAUUAAAAAAGAAAUUUACAUUGUAAUAAUCAGAGUGUUAAACUUAUAUGACUGUGAACCAAACCAUAGCAAUGCAAUGAACAAAUGACGUGAGUAAAUCUUUCACACCUAGCUCCUGUGAGUUGCAAGUUAUGGGGCCUAGAUUCUGAUCUCACACUGCUGUAAAUGAGGAGUAACUCCAGUGAAAUCAGUAGACUUAUAUCAGUGAAAAACUGGUGUGAGAACAGAAACAGACCUAUAUUAAGAUUGCCUUAAUUUACAAUUUAUCCUGUCCUGGUUUUUGGUGUGUUGAAUUUUAUGUAUUUAUUUGAUGUGUGUUUCCCAAAACUCCUCUUAUACUGACUGAAAAGUGGUGGCAUCUCUCAAUGCCUUCCAAUUUAAUACAUGCAAGUUGCAAAAACAUACUUCUUUCCCCAGGGAGAUAUAUAUUUUAAAAGUUUUGUAAUAAAAUAAAUGAGUAAGUUAAAUAAAAAUUAAUACAGUGUGCAGUCAUGAUAUAGAAUUAGGCUCCAGUACUGCAAACACUUAAGUAUAUGUUUAAGUUUACACAGUGUGAGUACUCUCAGCUAAACAGCACGCCUACUUAAACGUGAGACCAGGGCAUAAUUAUUAAUGCUUCAAAAAAA